AAAACCACCCAAAUUACUAGCUCAAUCAAACAGGCCCUCCGCGUUGGAAACGUCCGAACUCAGAACAAGGCCGGUCCCUGGAGCACUUCCCUCCCACCAAAAACCUUCACGCCGCCUCUUAGUAAUUCUCUUCCUCAUCUGCACCACCUUCUCUGCUCGCGUUACUGCAAUCGGUUUGCUGGAUGCAUAGAGAGAUUCCAAUUUCGAGCGAUAUCCUAGGGUUAGAGUCAGUCUUGACUAUAUAAACCGAGAAUAAAAAUCGUAUUCGACAGCGUGGCGUUGUAUAAACCCUUCUUAAUCCUUCUCUCGAAACUCCCUAACUAAAGAGGAGGAAGAAUGUCUAGAAUAUGCGUGAAGAAUUUGCCCAAGUAUGUUGCAGAGGAUCGAUUGCGUGAAGUUUUUUCGCAGAAAGGAGAAAUUACAGACGCUAAAUUGAUGCGCACCAAAGAUGGUAAAAGUAGGCAGUUUGCUUUCAUUGGGUUCCGAACUGAGAAUGAAGCCCUUGAAGCUAUCAAGUACUUCAACAAGUCUUACCUUGAUACUUGUAGGAUAACUUGUGAGAUUGCUAGAAAAGUUGGGGAUCCAAAUACUCCUCGUCCAUGGAGUCGGUAUUCUUUGAAGAAACAAGAAAAAGUGACAGAAACUGAAGAAAACUCUGGCAGCAAAAGUUUGACCAUUUUGGGUGCUAAAGGAGAGAAAAAGAAAGAUAGAAAGUCAAGGGAAAUUGAGGACCCUCAGCUUCAAGAAUUUCUUCUGGUCAUGGAGCCGAGGGUUAAGUCCAAAAUGUGGGCAAAUGAUAUGUUGAUUGCUCCCACUGCUGACCAAACUGGCAAAAUCACCACGAAAGAUUCUACUGCCAAAGGUGAAAGCAGAGAUGGCAUGGCUCUGGUGCAGGUAGAGUCUAACAAUGCCUCAGUGCAUGUAGCGUCUAAUAAAGACAGAAGAGUAGCCGGUUCUCAUGACUUGGGAAAGUCACAAAAUAUUGCUCAUGAUGAAGUGAUUUCGGAUAUGGAUUACUUCAAGAGUAGAAUGAGGACAAAUUGGUCAGAUUCAGGGAGUGAUAGUGAUGUCAAUGAUAGUAAGGAUCACAUUGAAGGUGACGAUGAUCUUUCUGACAAAGAUGACAAUGAUUCUGUUAAAGAAGAAGUCAAGGCCCAUGAUUAUCAAAUGUCUCAAAAGGGAGAACAUGAAAGUCUUACAAGAGAUGCUACGCAGGUUGCAGUUGAAAGAGCUUCUCUAGAAGAUGGUGAUGAUGAGCAUCGUCCUACAGAGAACCUAUCAUCAAGCUUGAAAGAUAGCAAUGUCGAUGUUCUUGAGACUGGUCGCCUUUUUGUUCGUAAUCUGCCAUAUACAGCAACUGAAGAUGAGAUUCAGGAGCUCUUUAGCAAAUAUGGAGACGUCUCACUGGUUCAUUUGGUUGUUGAUAAAGAUACAAAGCGGUCCAAGGGACUUGCUUAUAUUCUAUAUGCACUUCCAGAAUCUGCAGCAAGAGCGUUAGAAGAAUUAGACAAUUCAAUUUUCCAAGGCAGAUUGUUGCAUGUAAUGCCAGCAAAACUAAAGCAUUCAUCAGAAAGAGAAGGGAAUGAUGUUUCUACAGUUCAAGGUCCAAAAACUUUCAAGCAAAGAAGGGAGGAAGAGAGGAAGGCAUCUGAAGCUAGUGGAGAUACAAAAGCAUGGAAUAGUUUAUUUAUGCGCUCUGAUACGGUAAUAGAAAACAUUGCCAGGAAAUAUGGUGUAAGUAAGGGCGAUUUACUUGACCGCGAAGCUGAUGAUCUUGCUGUACGUAUAGCUUUGGGAGAAACUCAAGUUCUUGCAGAGACUAAAAAAGCCCUAACAAAUGCUGGAGUAAAUGUUGCAGCUUUAGAGGAAUUUGCUGCUGGGAAAACUGAUGGUCUGAAACGAAGUAACCAUGUUUUGUUAGUGAAGAACUUGCCUUAUGGUUCUUCUGAAAAUGAACUCGCCAAGAUGUUCGGGAAGUUUGGGAGUUUAGAAAAAAUUAUUCUUCCUCCUACAAGGACAUUGGCCUUGGUUAUUUUUCUUGAACCUGCUGAAGCUCGUGCAGCUUUUAGAGGAUUAGCAUACAAGCGUUAUAAAGAUGCUCCAUUGUAUUUGGAGUGGGCUCCUGGCAAUAUUCUUAGUCAAAAAUCAACCACCAAGAACGGUGAAAAGGCUAACGCGGCUGUUGGUGAACGUGAUGCCAAGAGAUUGAUUUUGGAACAACAGUUGGAAGGAACAUCAGAUAUGGAUAUCGAUCCAGAUAGGAUUGAGUCAAGAUCACUCUUUGUGAAGAACCUGAACUUCAAGACUUCUGAUGAGAAUUUGAAAAAGCAUUUCAGUUCACGCGUGGAGGGGGGAAAAAUCCUAAGUGUCAGGAUAAAGAAACAUUUAAAGAAUGGAAAGAAUGUCUCAAUGGGUUUUGGUUUUAUUGAGUUUGAUUCUGUUGAAACAGCCACCAGUGUUUGCAAAGAUUUACAGGGAACCAUUUUGGAUGGGCAUGCUCUUAUCUUGCAACUCUGUCAGACCAAGAAGGAUGAACAAACUGUGAAAAAUGUUGAGAAAGAUAAGAGUUUGACAAAAUUACUUGUGAGAAAUGUAGCUUUUGAAGCAACAGAAAAAGAUCUGAGACAGCUAUUUAGCCCAUUUGGACAGAUCAAGAGCCUGCGAUUGCCAAUGAAGUUUGGAAAUCACAGAGGUUUUGCAUUUGUGGAAUAUGUUACAAAGCAAGAGGCACAAAAUGCACUUCAAGCACUUUCAAGCACCCACCUUUAUGGUCGGCAUCUGAUACUUGAGAGGGCAAAGGAAGGUGAGAGCUUGGAAGAGUUACGGGCUCGAACAGCUGCUCAGUUUACAGAUGAGCAAACUGGGUUUCAGAAUCCAAUUAAAUUAUCCAAAAAGAGAAAGCACUUGGCCAUUUUAGAUGAAGGCAGCAUUAGGUUUGAAAGGAUUGCUGAAUAAAAGCCUUAAACGAAACAUUCUCAUGUACUAUUUAAGUUAUAAGUGACUACCUUUCCCCCUCCCCCUUCUCCCUCCCCUCCCUUCCCCUUUUCUGGGGCUUUUCUUUUCUUCUUUCACCCUGUAUGGUUUAUAUUACAAAGUUUAUGGCUCCAGUUUUACUUGAUCGGAGCCCGGUGGCUGUUGCUAGUAGAGAGCGAAGACAUAAAAUGGAGUUGCAUCUUGUUAGAAAUCAUUUGCUGAGAGAAAUGGAAGAGAUAAGAAAACCUUGACGGAGUCCUGAGCCCAAUUUAUGUCGCAAAGGAACGGAAUUUACUUACGUCUCGCUCUUUUCCUAUUCAACAAAAGAUCUUAUUUUCCAGAAAGCAAGACGAUUUUGUAUGAUUCUGAUUUGGUAACUGUCCUGUCAAACAAUUCAAUGCA